AUGUGGCCGCGAACGCCCAGACUCCGGCCGACGGUUUGGCCAAAGCGACAUUCGUCCAGUUCGUACCCCGGCACUCCACCAGAGUGGUCGCUGGAUGCGGCCGUCGAGCCUACUACCGAACACGAACUCAAAGAUCCCUUGAACCCCAAUGAAGACAUUGUCUGGGUCGAGACACAAAAGUCAAAGCCAAAAGAGAUGGAUUGUGGAAUCUGUCAGAGUCACCUCACUCAAGAGGAUGGCCCACACUGCACCAGCUGCGCGCAAAGCACACUUUACACAGUCCGGCUGGAACUGGCACGAGCCUUGCUAGAGAAAGAAGCCCUCGGCAAGAAGGUUGAGGCGAUUGUUGCUGAUGAGGAACCGGCGGAACCGCUCGACAAUGAGCUUGCCAUCCUUAGAUCUGCCUAUCACUCUCAAAUCGAGUCCUCUGAGGAUCAACUCAUGGACGAACAAUGUUCAGAACUGAGCCGCCGACUGGUUAUCGCGCAGAAAGAACUGGAUCUCAAAGAAGAGAAAUGCUACGACAUGCAACGCAUUCUCAAAGAGCGCAAAGCCAAUCUGGCACUUGCAAAAGUGGCGCAAGCUAAACGUCAGGAGAUAGUUUUGGCAGAAUUCAGAGAGAAGGCAGCUCAACUGAAGGCUGAGCAUGACAUGGUUCAUAACAGAGUCGUCGAUGCCAAAGCGGUUUUGUGCCGGGAGUCUGCCCUGCUGUUAGGUCUACGACAUGCCAAAAAGAAGACCAAAGAUGGCGAGAUCAAGGAUUGCUACAUGAUUGGGCAGCUUCCUCUCCCUGAUCUCAAGGACAUCAACAAUGUUCGCUGUGUCGAUCUCACUGCCGCCCUUGACAACACUGCUCGCUUGGUCUUUCUUUGCGCCUACUACCUUGGUCUUCGAUUGCCUGCUGAGAUCACACUUCCUCAUCGAGACUAUCCCCUUCCGACCAUCAAUACGCCGCAGACAUCAUACUUUGGACACCGCAUCGCGUUUCCUGGUUCGGGUUCAAGCUUGUCAGCACCCAGUAGCCCCAGUGCGUCGCGCGUCGAUCUCAGCUCAUUCUCCCGUCCACGCCCACUGUUCAUUGGCUCUUUUGACGCGACGGAGAUUGUAGCUCAAUAUGCGAAAAAGGAACCUCUCGCUUUCAACUUCUUCAUAGAGGGCAUUUCUCUUCUGGCCUGGGACAUUGCUUGGCUUUGCCGUAGUCAAGGCUUCAUUCAAGGCACUGAAUCCUGGGAGGACAUCAGCGACAUCGGUCGUAAUUUGCAUCAGAUGAUCAUUGCACAACCGCAGUCACCAGCCACAUUUCGAACCCUUACUCAGCGCGACUUACAGGUUCGUCACCGUCGCUCCCAGAGCGCGUCGUUGCCUCCUACCGAAGGCAGUAUGAGUGUCGGCAGACUUGGCUCAGGCUCUCAUACGUCAGCUCAUACAUUCCUCGGCUCUGCUGCCGCUGCGAGAGACCAUCCUGCCCGCGUCUGGCGCCUCAACAAGUACACCAUGAUAAAGGAUCCGCUGAAGAAGCACCUCCUUGGUGAAAUGAAUACGGCGGAGUGGGAGCUCUUGGAUGAGGAGGAGUGGGACGAUGGAGGAGAGAAGAUGGAUGACGCGGUCGUCGUCAGAACUCGUGGCAUGGAUGGAAAGGAGUACGACCAAUCGAGAAAGAUUGGUGGUGGUGAGGGAAGAGGAACGAGUGGCUGGACCAAGGUCAAGAGCCGUUAG